AACAGGCAACCUGAGACAAUGCGACUAAAGUAAACGCUACUGGCUCAGUGUUUUGCACCGUUGCCAACCCGCAGGUCCACCCAGGACUCUACGGAACGACAUCCUCUUAUGCCACAUGAGAUCUGGGAUUCUGUUAUUGCAAACAAGCUUUCUGAUUUGCAAACUUUUAUUUUUUUUAGAUAGUUUAUGUAGUGGCGAAUAGGAAAAAACUUUUAAAAUAGCUGAACGUUUGCAUGUAUAUUAGACUAAUGCUUUUAAAUGCAUUUAGUCACUUGCUUCUUAGACAGAAAAACAAAAGAAGAGAUUUAUAGGGGACAUCUCACUUCAUUAAAGAAGUUGGAAUACGCGCAUUUACAGCCAUUUAUCUAUGAACUCAACUGGCAACAUGGACGAUGAUGAACAGAGCUCUGAUUCUCUUGUGUGCGCGGGCUGUGGCAGACUGAUCGCAGAUCGGUUUUACCUGGUCGCGGCUGACAGACGGUGGCACGAGCGCUGUUUGAAAUGCAGCGCGUGCCAAGCUGACCUGGAGUCAGAGCUCACGUGUUACAGUAAGCACGGGGAUAUUUACUGUAAAAAAGACUAUUACAGGACAUUUUCUUUGCAAAGAUGUGCGAGGUGUCACCUGGGCAUCCCGGCCACAGAGAUAGUGAUGCGUGCCAAUGGUCUGGUGUACCACCUGAGCUGCUUUUCCUGCAUCACCUGCGACAAACUGCUUUUCACUGGAGAUCAUUACGGGAUGCGUGACACUUCAGUGUACUGCCAGGUCCAUUUCCAGAUGAUGCUGGAAGAGGAAUGUCAUCCAGACCUUUAUUACUCAGACAUGUCUCCUGUUGAGCCGAACUCUAAGACCUCCACACAUGAAGGGACCCCUGUGCAGAGGGGACGCUCACGAAAGAGGAAAAACUCAGAUGCUACAGACCCUGUUGUUUAUAAUGCAGAUGUGAGUGAUAUGGGUGUGGACCUGCUGGAGAGAGUGAGACAGUUUAGCCAAAAGUCCAAACGCCUGCGAACGUCCUUUAAGCAUCACCAGCUGCGGAGCAUGCAGAACUUCUUCAACCACAACCACAAUCCAGACGCCAAAGACCUCAAAGAGCUCGCACAAAAAACCGGCCUCACAAAACGUGUGCUCCAGGUUUGGUUCCAAAAUGCCCGUGCAAAAUUCAGGAGAAACCUAUAUCAGGAGACCAAUGGAGCGGGUAAUAUUUCGGACAAUUCCACCAUCACGUCCCCAUCUGUACCUUCACCAGAGAUGUCCCCUCCAUCUUUGAAUUCAUCCAGCCCCUCCAACACCUCUCCAGCACAACACACACACUUAGAGCAAAACACACAUGUGCACCACAACAGCAUGAGCCCAUCACAAUGCACACCACCCAAUUUCUUCUGAGGUGCUUCAUCACAAAAUAAAGACUGCACUGCAUCUUAGAUUCACAAAGCAUUUGAUUACAGUUAGAAUGUUUCAUUAUUGGUUUUUCAGAUUGGUCUAAUAACAUUACAUCUAUUCAA